CAGCUGUUGCAGCGAUUCGCAGCGUUCAUUUGACGCCGCCGGGGUGUCUUGUCUCUCGACUCGAGUCGCCGUCUCGCUGCUCAGUCAACCCCUGCUGCUGCCGCUCUGCUGUCGUCGCUGCGAACGAGGCCGCGGUUAAAAAGGUGGACGAGUCGGUCGCGUGCUUGCUAUUUUGUAAUCGCAGAAGAGGCCGAGCUUCGUGCCCGGGACGCCCCUUUCAUGCGUGGUCGGGCGAGAACGCGGGGCAGGUUCACAAUGGCCGACGAUUUCGAGGACGACAUUGUGCACUUCAGCGUGGACGACCUCGCUGUCAAGGGCUUCGGCGUCAUGGAAGAGAUCCGGCGGCAGGGGAAGCUAUGCGACGUCACCCUCAGGGUUGGGGAGCACAAGUACAGCGCUCACCGCGUGGUUCUGGCUGCCUCCAUCCCCUACUUCCAUGCGAUGUUCACCACUGACAUGGCUGAAAGCAAGCGCGAAGAGAUCGUCAUGCAGGGCACGGACCCCAGUGCACUCGAAGCCCUGAUUAACUUCGCUUACAAUGGGCGUUUGGCCAUCGACCAACACAAUGUGCAGGCCCUGCUGAUGGCGGCCUCCUUCCUGCAACUUCAUGCCGUAAAGGAUGCUUGCUGUCACUUCCUAAAGGAGAGGUUGCACCCAAAGAACGUGCUGGGCGUGCGCUCGUUCGCGGAGGCCAUGAUGUGUCCUGCGCUCUACGACACGGCCAACUCGUUCCUGCAGCAGCACUUUGUGGAGGCGUCCACGGGCGAGGAGUUCCUGGGCCUCCCUGGGGAGGAGCUGCUGGAGCUGGCGGCGCGAGACGAGCUGCACGUAGAGGGAGAGGAACAGGUGUUCGAGGCGAUGCUGGCGUGGGUGCGGAGGGACCGCGAGGGCCGUGCGCCGCUACUCCCGGACCUGCUCACAUGCGUGCGCCUCCCGUUGUGCCGCCCCCACUUUCUGACCGACCGUGUGCAGCAGGACGAGCUCAUACGUGCCUGCCACAAGUGCAGGGACCUAUUGGAUGAAGCGAAGGACUAUCACCUGAUGCCGGACCGGCGGCCAGUUCUUCCGGCGUACAAGACCCGGCCGCGCUGCUGCACCUCCCUGGCUGGCCGCGUUUACGCUGUCGGGGGCCUCAACUCUGCCGGGGAUGCGGUGACCAUGGUGGAGGUUUACGACCCGCUGACCAACCGCUGGGAGGCAUGCUGCCCAAUGGGGUCACCGCGUAGCCGUGUGGGGGUGGCUGUGCUGGGCGGACGGCUGUACGCGGUGGGGGGCUCGGAUGGGCAGGAGCGGCUGUCCAGCGUGGAGGUGUACGAUCCCGACACAAAUACCUGGACCAAGGUCGCCAGUAUGAAUAGCAAGCGCAGCGCGAUGGGAGUGGCCGUGCUGGACGGGCAGAUCUAUGUGUGCGGGGGCUACGAUGGGGUGUCGUCGCUCAGCUCCGUGGAGUGCUACUCCUCCGAGGCUGACAAGUGGACCAUGGUGACGGCCAUGAACUCGCCACGGAGUGCGACGGGCGUGGCAUUCUUUGAGGGCCGGGUGUACGUCACGGGUGGGCACGACGGCCUGCAGAUAUUCAGCACGGUGGAGUACUACAACCCACACACUGGCAGCUGGCACAAAGCGGCGCCCAUGCAGCAGAGGCGUUGCCGACAUGGCGCGGCCGCCCUCUCGGGCCGCCUGUACGCCGUGGGCGGCUACACGGGCUCGGCGUUCCUCUCGUCGGUCGAGACCUAUGACACGGCGUCUGACCAGUGGUCUGCACUCACGCCAAUGCUGGCACGCCGCAGCCGCGUGGCCCUUGCAGCCUGCUCGGGGCGGCUCUAUGCACUGGGCGGCUACGACGGCUACGCCAACCUCGGCACGGUUGAGUGCUUCACGCCUGAGAGCAACACAUGGCGGCAGGCUGCCCAAAUGAGCUGGCACACGGGCGGCGUUGGGGCAGGCUGCCUUCCCUUUCUCACUAUGUGACCUGCAGGCCUGCUCUCUCCCUCAUCGAUGUCUACUCCCUAUCUGUGUGUGUGGGGAGAGGUGGUGCAUUAGUGGUGCCACGACACCUUGGUCAUGGAUAAAAUUUGUGGCAAUUGGUGUCUGACCUGCCCUGGGCCCUCCCCCCCCACCCUGGUUGAUUUAGCCUUAUAUGCGAGUACUUGGUGAAGUGUACGAACAUCACCAUUGGCCAUACCACCCCUUAUGCUGUGCUGGCUGUAGUUUGUACUUGCUAACAGCAAUUACCCCAUCAGUAUAAGGCUAUAUUGAACAUUUUUUUGAGUGUGCACAUAUGCGGAAACAUACAUGCGUUGUAAAACUUUGCUGAGAGCAAUACUGCACCUGACUUAAGAUGGUGCGCGUAUAGUUGUCUUGCAGCAUAUAGUGUACAUGUGGAUGUUUACAAUCGUUGAAACUCAUUCCAAACACUUUCAACUGCAUUACAUAUUUAAUGCUUGCAUGAGUGUGCGUUGUGCAUGGUCCAGUGUGAUAGAUUAAAACCAAAAACUGCUUGAAUAGGUGAAGGCUCUACAAACCAUCUGAAAAUAUAUAUAUCCUGUUUCUGUUCGUGCUUAACUGCAAUGUAAAAGAAAACCAGAUGUUCUGUUGUGUGCUGCUUUGGCAGCAGUCUCAAAAGUUGCCAACGAUGUGUUCUAGGAUUUAUAAGAAACAGUACAAUUGAUUAGGUCCCAGCUAGUACAUUGCAUCUAUGACAAAUGAGUGUCCAUUCGAAAUUAUUCAAUUGGACAUGACAAUUUACAAGUACACAGCAAAAUACACCAAUUUUGAUUAAUUACCCCAAGUAAAUGCGUUCGUAUCUAAAAGCCUCUUUGGAAAACUAUAGCCACUAAAAUGUGAAAGUAAACUUCUGGCACAUACACCUGUUGGAGACCACACAGUUGGUAACUAUGACUUGAACUGACCACUGAUUUAUAUUGUUUUGCCAAACUAAAUUUGCCAGUCCAUCUGACAGGUGUAACACCUGACAGAUUACAAGGAGGCAAGGCAUUUUUGUGUAGUCUCCAUGUAAUCAUUGUAUUUGGACUCGAGAGUAUAACUGCAUCGUAAAUAAUUUCCAAUGAAACUCGUUACCGACAAUGGUUCUGUUUGUUAGUUAAUUAUGUUUUCUACAGGCUUUUGGAAGAAAAAUAAUCAAACAUGAAUAAAUCGGUGUCGAAUUGACUGUUAAAACUGCCAAACAAUAAUAGAGCCAAUAUUUGAAUUGUUUAUAUAGUCUGCCUACAGAGUCGCUGAAACACAAUAGUCAACCCUGUUGGCUUACUGUUAUCGAAGGCAAUACCAUAUUGUGAAAUAGAUCUUUAGUUUUUGCAUGACACUUCACCAUAGUUCAGUGUAAUUAUUUAAUUGCGAUGUAUACGCGUGUGAUUAACACUUUACUUAUAAUUGAACUGCAAUGCAUGAUACUUAUCUGCUGAAGCAGAUACAGGUACGAGCAAGCAGUCAGAGCACAUGUGUGCCUUAGCACACAUGAGAGGUUCAGAUGGACGUAACCAUUGCAAACUAUAGAGAUAGAUAAGUCCAAGUGAUGGAUCAUCUUUCUGGGAGAUGCUGAGGAGGGCAGGUUCCUCGAAAUUGACCAUUACUAAUGUUUAAAACAAAAGUCCAGAGUUGAUGAGCACUUGUCAAUGUGUAUCUGUGGGAAACUACACUGCUGCCUGUAACUACUCUACAUUAAUUGGAGGUUCUCUAUGCAUAAUGUACAUUUGGGAAGUUUGAUGUCAUCAAACACCUUCACAUAGAGGGACCAGCAACAUGGUGGGCAUGUAGAAAUUAGUUGUAUUCGACAUUGUCUGAAUUGCCAACUGUGCACAAUACCUGGCUACCUGACACAUGCACCAUGGCAAAUGCCCAAAGGAUGACACCGUGAAAUGCUAACGGCAGUAGUGGAAGAUGAUUUUAUGUUGCCGUUCCUUUUUACAGUUCCGAAAAAGAAGUUUGAAGCAGUUUCACAUGACUCCGGUUUUUCCGCAUCUAUGAUUAGUAUUGUUGGCUAUGUACGGUGCAAAAGAAGUUCAACAUAUGUGACUCGUGUCUAUAAACAUGAAUUCCUGGCAGCUUGUCAGUGGUUCAGACCGAGCAAUUAUCAGGUUAUAUUAACAAUGGACAAAUAAAGUAUUUUCUUCCAAGCUAUUUCAAUAUUACAGCAGAAAACGGUGCAAAGCAACAGGCUUGCAGCACUGCCAGCUGUGCAUAUAUUUCACAUGCAGCUACAUGUAAAAUGUUCAAGUAGGUACAGCUAUUGUUAAAAAUAAGUCAAUAAAAUUGUUCAUCAUAAAGCUGCAUAACUUGCAUGACAAUAUUUGCGUUUUGUACAAAUACUUGUAUUAUUUUACUUGACAGGAGUGCUGCUCAAAGAUAUAAGAUUUGCUCAGCACAAGUGCAAUGUGACAGCAUCCUGUUUUUGCAAUGGAUUCUUAAGUUCUUGCUUGUCAUGUUAGUUGAGAUUGUAUACCGUAUGUACGAAUUAUGCAUUGAAUGUUGAAAAGUCCACAUGGUUGUAGGUUAAAUGGACCAAACUUUGUGUAAAAUUCAAGAAAGUGUAAAGUGCAAGGUACAAGUCGUGUGUAAUGAUUCAUACUUGGAUGUAUUGAACUUAAGAGGCUCUGUUCAAGUAUAAUUUAGCAAUAGGAAAAAAUAUAGGCUUUAAAAAUUAAAAUA